AUGUUACGAAUGAAUUGUUGUUGCUAUCAAUGUGCUCCAUUGGUAGAUCAAGCUCUUCAAUACAAGAAUUUACUCUAUUAUGGAUCUAGUACUAAAUUCUCUCCCGAGUUUGAUAAAAUGUAUCGGAAUAACAAAUUAAAGUCUAAUCAUCAUCAUCAUGAGGAUGGUGAAACAGGCUCAUACGGAGAAGAAGAAUCUUCUGCAACAACAACAACAAUGGAUCCCUCUCAUGUAUUUGAAAUUUAUGUACCCAUGAUGGAUGAAAAUGUAUUUGGAGGAUUACCCUCACUCUUUGAUAAAGAGACUUAUCCGUUGACUUAUUUGGGGAAUCCAAAAUCAAUAGCUCAGAGUGAAGAAUAUAAUGUGGCAACAGAAGGAACAGAAGAUCAGAUCAAGUUUGUUUUCAACUCGGAGGCGUAUAGGAAUUCUCUUUUCGUUUCCAAUAAUUCUUCUUCGGGAGAUGGUGUUUCUGGUAGUAGGAAUUCUUUGAAUGAGGAAGAUCAAAAAGAGUUAUUACGACAAAUUGUAUAUGAAAAUAUUGAACAACAUGAAUGGAGAUAUUGUAUUUCGAAUAUUAAUGCAGGAAUAAGCCAUUCGUUUCCUUGCCCUGGUAAGAUUGGAACUGCCAUUGUACUAUCUCCAUUCACGUGUGGACUGAGUUUUCUUCCUAUUUUCUUAUUUAAGGAGGUGUAUGUGAUGGAAGCCAUGCGAAGGAUUGACACAUAUUUAGGCAAGGUCAAUAAGAAAUUGUACGAUAGAGCUAUUGAAAAGAAGCUUGACUAUUAUUUGCAAUUUCAAGUGAUUAGAAAGGAGCAUUUGGGGAUUAGUUGGGUUCAAGUGAAUGCCAUUUCCACUAAAAAGACACCAUCCAUGAUACAAGGACGUUUUGUGACAAAUAAUACUAAUGAACUUGAAACAAAUCCUCAUGUUUCAAGACCAAACCGAUUCGAUGAAGAAGAAGAGUUUUUGAGCGAUGAGGAAAUGCAUGAAGUCGAACUGAAGUAG